AUGACGGCACCAGGCCCCAUUACAACACCACUUACGUCCCUUCUAGGGAUCAAGCACCCCAUAGUCCUGGCCGGUAUGGCUAGGGUAUCAGGCGGUCGCCUUGCAGCAGCUGUAUCUAAUGCCGGCGGUCUCGGUAUAAUCGGUGGCUUCCAGUACACACCCAAUCAACUCCGAGAGAUCCUCGCUGAGAUGAAGGAUAACUUCUCACGACCUGACCUACCAUUCGGAGUCGACCUCGCACUUCCUCAAAUCGGCGGCAACGCACGCAAGACAAACCAUGAUUACACAGGCGGAAAGUUGGAUGAGCUGGUGGACAUCAUCAUUGAUAGCGGCGCCAAGUUGUUUGUCAGUGCAGUAGGCGUUCCACCACCCGAGGUGAUUAAGAGGUUUCACGACAAGGGAAUCCUGGUGAUGAACAUGGUUGGCCAUCCUAAGCAUGCAACGAAAGCCCUCGAGCUUGGAGUAGACAUGGUCUGCGCUCAAGGCGGCGAAGGAGGCGGUCACACAGGAGACGUAGCAAACUCGAUUCUCAUCCCUGCAGUCGCAGACAUUGCUUCAAAAUUUUACCCUCCCCUCCUCAAAGGCCUGCCCGCGCUAGUCCUUGCAGCCGGAGGUAUUUCCUCUGGCCGUAGUCUCGCGAGUUCACUGAUGCAGGGCGCAGCAGGCGUGUGGGUUGGCACGCGGUUUGUCGCCUCGGUGGAAGCAAGCUGCAGCGAGGAGCACAAGAACGAGGUUGUGGCGUGUGGAUACGACGACACGCAGCGAACGCUUGUUAUCUCUGGACGCCCGUUGAGGAUGAAGACGAAUGAGUAUAUCAAGAAGUGGCACGAGCAACCUGACAAGAUCAAGGAGUUGUGUGACCGGGGCGUUGUCCCGAUGGAGCACGACUUUGAGCAGGAGAACGAUUUCGACAUUCCGCAUAUCAUGGGGCAGGUUGCGGGGGCUAUUACCAAGAUACAGCCGGCAGGGGAGAUUGUUGAUGAGAUGGUCAAGGAGGCUGUUGAUAUGCUCAAGUUGGGAGGGUCGUAUUUGACAGCCAUGCCAAAGCUGUGA